AUGGACAGCUUGGAAGGGCGGAAUAGGCGUUGCGAACGUGAAUAUAUAACUUGGUUCUGCAAAAGCUCUUUGUCGCGAUCGCCCUCUAAGACUCUGAAACCGUUAACUCGUUUCCAAAAACGCGAUGAUCUACAGAAUUUGGCGAACGUUGUGGCCACCAUGGCAAACGUCGACAUUCGCCAACGUCGUCGCCCAAUCAACUUGGACUGCACGCGAAGCCAUCGACGUCGGCGUUGA